AACUAGAGCGUCAAAAACAUGAUGGCUAUAAAAACAGUAGCAGGCCAGAGGGGUGGAUGUCACCUCUUAGGCUCUUAUCCAAAAACCAGCCAACCAACAACAAAUAUCUUCCUCCCAUUUCAUUUGCAGAAGAGGGUAAUCAAGCUGCUACAUAUUCAACAAUGGCUGCCAAGUGUUUCUCCAUUUCCAACACUCAAAUUCUAGCCUGUGCAGGCCACAACAGCAGCAGCAGCACUUCACAUUCCAUUCCCAAGACUUCUCCCUCACUCCCCAAAUUCAACACUCCCACCUCUUCCCAGAAACUAAAACACCCCAAGAACAAGCACAAGAACUCUACCCGACCCUCCAUUGCAGAGAUCGAAAGAGCCAUCGGCGCUGGUGUUUUCCGCGAUCCCGCCAUUUAUAAGAGGGUGGAGUCAGGCUCUGAUGUUGGAGGUGAAUGGCCUGUGGAGAAGAAGUUGCGUGAGGUCGGGGAAUGGCUGCUAGCCGCCACUGAAACCUCGCCCGACACCUCUUCUCGAAAGAUACUGAAGACUGUGUUCUUGUGGAUUCUACCAAUGUGGGUUUUAGCAUUCCUUGUAGCUGCCAGGAUUAUACACCUGCCCUUCACCUCUCCAUUUCUUGAUGAUCUGCUCUUAUAAGCUCUUAUAUAUAGAGCAUCUUUAAUUUGUUCUUCAAUAUUUCUAAAUUAUGAACAUAAUUGAUGUAGAAUAGACAUACAGAAUUAUAAGAUCAAAUAAUAUCUUAUUACUUACAAUCAAAGCUCUUCUUUCAUUAAUCAUUCUUAUAUUUGGGCAUA